CUUCACACCGGAGCUCGACACUGGUUCAGCAACGAUUCGUACAUGCACGUGUGUGUUUCUUGGCUGCUGGAUUCCUGAGGACGCUCGGUAUUCAGAGUGCGCAAGUUGAUCUGCAGGAGAAUGUGCGUGUGAUUAUCCCUGGAGCAUCUCUUGUGUGAAGGGGCAUGUGUGCAGAGUGAGUGUCAGUGUGAGGAUGCAUGGUGGGCAGGUGCUGUUGUGAUCGGCGGAGUUUUCGGUGUACAAUCGUCGUUCUGUCUGCCUCCCCCCUUUUCCUCCCAUUUGGCGGUGUCCUGUUAGGGCAGAAAGCGUCCUGCUGGGAUGUCCACCUCGCCUGGUGCAACAGACGGGAGCCAAAGGAACUCCUUGGAGCUGGAAGCAGAACACCCUCAGAGAGUGCCGGGGGCAGAACAGGGAGGGGUCCCACCACCCCAGGUGAAGCUGAAGGAGAGGCAGAAGUUCUUCGAGGAGGCCUUCCAGCAAGACAUGGAGCAGUACCUGUCCACCGGCUACCUGCAGAUCGCUGAGAGGAGAGAGCCAAUAGGAAGCAUGUCCUCCAUGGAGGUGAACGUGGACAUGCUGGAGCAGAUGGAUUUGAUGGACAUGUCUGACCACGAGGCCCUGGAUGUGUUUCUGCACUCGGGCGGGGAGGAUAACAGCGCUGCUUCGCCUGUCACAGGUCCAGAUGUGGAGUCCUUCACCACAGAGAUCAGUCUUCAGGUUCCCACCCAGGCUGAGCUCCGCCACAAGCUUUCCUCCCUGUCGUCUACCUGCACCGACUCAGCCAGCCAGGACACGGAGGCCGGGGAGGAGGACGAGGACGACGAUGAGGAGGAGGCCGAGCAAGGAGGAGGCGGUGGAGGAGGAGGAGGAGGUGGGGGAGGAAGGAGAAGAAGGCUGCCGGUGAUGGUGACCCGGGAUGAAGAGGAGGUGCACCCUGACAUAACGCUGGUGGACAGGGCCGACCAAGAGGAGCAGACCAGCAAAGACUGUGAGGAGAGCAGGCUGAAGGUUUGAGGAGCGCUGGACUGGAUUCAAACCCAAACACACAAACAUGCAGAGCUGCCAAAUCACAUACUGCACAACAUUGGCUUCCUUCUCAAAUCCCUUUCACAUUAGAGGAAAAACCUUACAAAGGAAAAUACGUUGAGGUUGCACCAACUGCCACAAACUGAACUGCCUUAAAAGACCACUGGGGUUUCAAUUUGAAUUGAAUAUUGUAAAAAUGGUUUGAGUUUCCUUAAGAAUAAUAGGAUUUAACAAGCACAUGAAUAGUUUGGCAUUAUUCAGAGAAUGCUCUAAUAUUCUGUUUCUGUGUUUGUGCAAGUUGAGAGCAGGAGACGCCUCUGACUUAUGAGUACAGGGAAAAAUAAGAAUCCUCCAUUAUCAGGUAGUGCCCUGUCGCGCUCUGUGAAUACUCCAGUAUACAUGUGCUCUUUAUUAUUAUAUAGUAUUUAAUAUAAGAAUGGACCGUCCCCUUAAACUCACUCCAGCUGCUCAGUUCCUUUAGUGUAUGUUCCAGGAAUCAUUUCCUGGGAAAUCUGUGGAAAUGUAAAAUUAAUUUAUCCUGCAGUUUUUGUGAAAUGCUGCCAAAUAACAGACGGAUAAAAAAACGCCAAUGAAAACAACCCUGCCAGCUCUAAGACAUUUUAUUCUUUUAAUUACCACACAUUGUAAAAGUUAUCAAAUCGCUAACAAAUUAUUUUAUUCUGGACUUGUAGUAAGUUAUAUGCCUGUGAUCACUUAAAGGAUCCAUUCACCCAAAUUAAAAAAACAUCUAGCCACUGCACAUAGCGGCCCAGGUUUUGACGUAUCCCUGUGCGAUUUCUGUCGUCUUUCUUUCUAGAUACAGUUUCCUGUUUACGCCAAAUAAUGUACAGAUCUAUUUUUCUUUUAGAUAUUUCAAACCCUGGGCUAUAUGAUCAUCGUUUGGGUCAAUGGCUGAACAGUUAGCACAGGACAUUAUCUGCAGGGGCCACAUGGAUGAUUUUUCUUUCCCUGACUUUAUGGAUAAGCUGAAUCCCCAAAGUUUCUUGUAUUUCCUCUGAGUGGUUCAUGUGCAACAUUCUGCAAUAUUUGAAAUGUGCACCACAAAUUAGAUGAAACUUCUGUGCCAAUGGAAUUGAUAAACACGGCAGGCAGUCACCUACAGUAUUUUAAAGGUGACGGGUCGUCAGGUGCCAGGAUAGUGAUGAUUUACCACAUUUUACCACACACACACACACACACACAUAUGCAGGAGAGUUCCCCUUUGCCAUUCCUUGAAACCGAAAUAUUUCUUUUUGAAGAGGGACCAAAUCAAUGCACGGACUGUGCUCUAUGCACUGGAAAACACAGAAGGUUUAACUGUAUCCAGAUCUUUGUUUUUGUACAGAAAUGUUGACAUUUGUACAAUGUGACAGCGUUUCUCUUUCCUUUCCUUUUUUCCUCUACAACUUCUGACUAGUUGGUAAUAAAUGUUUCUCCCCCGGCAUUGUUUAAUUUUCAUCUGAGCGUUUCAAAAACAAGUUAAAGAAUGAAAUGUGGAGCAGGAUUUAGGGUUUGAGCACGUUAACAGUCCCUGUGCGCUCACUCUUGAUUUAUCAUCCUGCUCGAGCUCUUUCAGCUGACACACACACACACACACACACACACACACACAGCGAGCGAGGGAGCGGAUAGAUGGAUGGAGUUUUCAGUCGGAGUGGAGAGGGGGUUUGAAAUACAACAGUUUUCUCUGUGGGGAGAAUAUUUCACUGUAUAUAUAUUCAUCAUUACAGUUAAAUGCUUUUUUUUAAAACUGAAAAAUAAGGAAAAGCAAUACUAGUGUCACAAUGAGAGUAAAUGGAUUUUAAAGGC